AUGAAGAACAAGAAUAGCAUGCCCAAGAGCUUCUUCUGUGGUUUUCCGUACACUGUGGCGCACUCACUAGAGAGAGUGAGGCAAAAGAGCUCAAAUCACCACCAGCGCCGUGGUGAUAGAGGAUAUAGAGAUACAAAAUCACUUCUCAAAGUGGCUGCCUCAUCCAUUACGGAAACCAUGAACAACGAGCAAUUUCGACGCUUGCUUUUCGAAGACCAAUCAAAAAAAACGGGCCAUGACUCUACACUUGCCAACAAACCGUCACCUGUUGGCGGGGAUGCAGCGCGUUCGAAGCCUGCAGCUUUGGGUUCUAAUAUGCGACCGAAAAUUCCUAUGACUCCUCGCUCAGUCAUCGGCGUAGAUUUUGCUAGUCAAUCAGCCGACCAUCGCCGUGUAUCGCAACCACCCCCUGCGAAGAAAUUCAGAUCCUCAGCUGCUCCCAAGGGUACCAAGUUGGCCGAGGGAUACCAGGACAGAACACUUCUGCGGCGGGCGGGUCAGUAUGAAGAAGGGAAUGUCGAAGGAUAUGGUAGUGACGAUCGGGGAGAUGAUGACCGGGAGAACAGGGUUCGAGCGUUGGAGGAUAUGGUUAAACUUGGCCAGGUCGACCAGCCUACGUUCGAGAAACUUAGAGAGGAGAUUGGGGUUGGAGGCGAUGUGGAAAGUACACAUUUGAUCAAAGGACUGGAUUGGAAACUAUUGCGGAGGGUUAAGGCUGGGGAAGAUAUCAAUGCGCCUCCUCCUAGCUCGUCCGAAAAUGGGGUGUCUGAACAACCGCAGGAGAAGGUCGUUCGGGAUAUCGAUGAAGAGUUUGACAUGGUUCUUGAAGAAAAAGAGAAGGAAGUUAAGGAGCCUGCGCAAAAGAGAAGUGAGGACUCUGGGCUUUUACCAGUCGACAAACAUGCAAAGCCACUAGGUAUGGAUGUCCCUGCUGAAGUUCUGUCGCGAGCGAAUGCAGCCGCGACAAUGGAGGAAGAAGACGAUGAUAUUUUCCAGGGCGUUGGGAGGGACUAUAAUCCGCUUGCCGACAUGGAGGAUGAGGAUGAUCAUGGAUCUUCAUCUUCCGACGAAUCAGAUAAUGAAAUGAAAGGGAACGCCUCACUACCUCGUGUGGAUAUAGUCAAUGAUGGCCAUGCGCAGCAGGAACAACCCCUCCCUCAGCCAGCGAAAGUCCGGGAUUACUUUGCUACGUCCUCCAGUACCAGAGAAGAUCGAGAAACCGUGAACAAGCCUUCUUCGAUUUCCAGUGACCCAGCCAUACUUGCGGCACUAAAACGCGCUGCAGCGACUAGGCAGACAUCUCCGGUCGACCUCGAUGAUGGCGCUGGCCUAGAUCAAGAGGCGACUCUCAAACGCAAAAGGUUUCUUGAAGAGGCCAAGAGACAAGAAAGAGAAGACGCAAUGGAUCUGGAUCUUGGGUUUGGUGGAAGUAGAUUUGGAGACGAAGAUGAUGAGGAGGCGGGCUGGGAAGCGGAGGGCCGCGGCAGGGGGACUAAAAGGAAGCGAGGCCCUAAAAAGAAGAAAGGCGACAAGGAUAGUGUAAACGCUGUGAUGAAGGUGCUCGAAGGGAGACGCCAAGCAAAUCUUCAGCACUGCUCGGCAUUCGUCCAUUGA